AUGGCGACCCGGCGCAUCAUAUCGCCGCGCUCACCGUUUGGUCUACCCUUCCGAGCUAUAAUAUCACGACCAUAUUCCUCAAACAGCGCCGCGCACCAUACUGUCCCGUUAGCAUUCGAUCACCAUAAGCCACCGAAGGGCGGCCAAGAUCAUAAAGAUUCGCCUAUAAUAUUUAUGCAUGGCUUGUUUGGGUCUAAGAAAAAUAACAGGAGCGUGAGCAAAGUCCUCGCUCGUGAUCUUAAGCGCCAUGUCUACACAGUGGACCUGCGCAACCACGGCGAAACCCCCCAUGCGCCGCGCCACGACUACCUCGCCAUGGCCGACGACGUUGCGGGCUUCAUCGCCGACCACGGCCUACGAGAUCCGACCCUAAUCGGGCAUUCCAUGGGCGCCAAAACUGCCAUGGCGCUCAGCCUAAAAGAGCCCUCCCUAAUCCGAGACAUCGUCUCGGUCGACAACGCACCAGUCGACGCCGUCCUCGCAACCUCCUUCGCGCACUACAUCCAGGGGAUGCGGCGGAUCGAAGAAGCCGGCGUAACGCGCCAAGCCGAGGCCGAUAAAAUCUUGCAGGAAUACGAGCCUGACCUGGCGAUCCGGCAUUUUCUGCUGGGGAAUCUGUCCCGCCCGCUUGCGGAAGACGGCACUGUAUCUCCGACGCAAAAGUUCCGCGUGCCGCUUGACGUUCUGGGCCGUUCACUGGGACACCUUGGGGACUUCCCGUUUAAGGACCCCGGGGAGAAGCGCUUCGAGAAGCCGGCGCUGUUUGUGCGCGGCUCGCGUAGUACGUAUGUGCCCGACGAAGUAAUCCCGCUUAUUGGGCAGUUUUUCCCGCGGUUUACAAUAGUUGAUAUCGACGCCGGUCACUGGGUUAUUUCUGAGAAGCCAGAGGAAUUUCUUCGAGCAGUCAUAGAGUUUCUCACACCAAAGGAGUGA